AUGCCAGGUAAUCAGUCGGACGAUACAACCGAUGAAGAUGCGACCGAGUUGAAAUUCCCGAAAGAAUUCGAACAAGCCGACACAUUGUUAACAUCUGAAGUAUACUUGUUGUUAGAACAUCGACGCCAGCAAAGCGAACAAAAGGAGGAAAUCGACGAGAUGAGUGAUGUAUUUGUAAAAACUUUAAAUUAUACACGGCGAAUGGCACGAUUUAAAAAUAGGGAAACGAUUCGAGCUGUUAGAACCUUAUUAGCAACGAAACCACUGCAUAAAUUCGAAGUUGCGCAGAUUGCUAACCUUUGUCCAGAAACGUCAGAGGAGGCAAAAGCCUUAAUUCCCAGCUUGGAAAAUAAAAUGGAGGAUGACGAGCUGGACGAGGUGUUAAAGGAUUUGCAUAGCAAAAAGACGUUUCAGUGA